CUCAGGCGAUGGAGAAUUUCCGUCACUGCUUGGCACAAUUAACCUGUCAAAGAUGGGAACGAGGUUGAUCCCUGUCGCUUACAAAGCUUAAUUAUUACUUGACCCACGAAACUAACACGUCGCCAACUCCAUCGUAGUCGCGCGGGCCUUGCCAGCAUUUCCAUCCGAGAUUUGCGCCAUGCUAUUUUCCUCUUUCCAUCGUUCCAUUCUUCUGGUUUCGGUGCAAUCACAUUUCUUUUCUCCCUCCUGGACAUGAUAGUACUUUUGCGACGGUUCAGCCUUCUACGUUCUCUGAUACCCACUUGGUCCCAUUCUCGAUUCCGGUGAUGCCGUUCCCACGGGCAAGCGACCGAGCUGCGACUGCUUUGACCCAUACGGGUACUUCGAAUUAAUAGCUACAGCAGUGUCUUGCUGAGUUCCGCUAUAGUUGACUUAAUAUGUGGCGGAGAACAUACCUCUUGCUAGUUCUGGUUCGGCUGUGGUUCGCCCUGUCGCCGAGCUACUUACACCCGGACGAGAACUUUCAAGGCCCCGAGGUCAUUGCUGGGCAAAUCUUCAGCUACCCUGUCCGGCGUACCUGGGAAUUCACGACCGAUCAUCCGAUUCGAAGCGUGUUUCCGCUAUGGCCCGUUUAUGGACUGCCAAUGCUCCUUCUCCGGUGGCUCUGGAUUGGCAAUGGAAAUGAUGGCGAAAUUCCGCCGAUUGCUGUGUUCUGGGCCCUGAGAGUGCUGAUGUUUAUCGUUGGUUUUGUGUUGGAGGACUGGGCGAUCCACGAGCUCAUCCAGUCGCAGCGCCAGAGACGUAUUGCCGUCCUCCUUGUCGCGUCGUCUUACGUUACAUGGACAUAUCAAACCCAUACCUUUUCCAAUUCGAUCGAAACACUGGUUGUCGCGUGGUGUUUGGUGCUGAUUGAGCGCAUCGUCGGAAACCCACAGCGGAGUUCAGUUCUUGCUUCAGUAGUCCUCGGGAUCGUCGCCGUUUUCGGGGCCUUCAACAGGAUUACUUUCCCAGCUUUUUUGCUAAUACCAGGGCUUCGGCUUCUGCCUUAUUACUGGAAAAACCCUUGGUCUCUGAUCGCGAUUCUGGCAGCUGGACUGUGCACAACGGCACUCGCGAUUGCGCUUGAUACAGCAUUUUACGCUCCUCACUCAAUUUCCUGGUCCGAUCUGGUCCGAAAUCCCGUCCUCACGCCCAUAAACAAUCUCUUGUACAAUCUUUCGUCGAGCAACCUGGCGAAACACGGCUUGCACCCAUGGUACCAACACGUGCUGGUUAACCUGCCGCAGCUGCUUGGGCCAGCGGCCUUACUCCUUUGCAUGAGACCGCACCAGUCCCUGCGGCUCUAUUCGGCCAUAUCGGGAAUCGUGGUGCUUUCUUUGUCUCAGCACCAAGAAGCGCGCUUCCUGCUCCCAACCGUUCCUCUUAUCCUCUCCUCCAUCCGGCUGCCGAAAAACGAGAAAGUCUUGCGGCUGUGGGUCGGAUCCUGGAUUGCUUUCAACCUUUUCUUGGGGACUCUGAUGGGAGUUUAUCAUCAAGGGGGGAUUAUCCCAGCUCAAGUGUUCAUGAGCAAGCAGCCAGAUGCCACGCAGGCAAUCUGGUGGAAAACGUAUAUGCCACCAAUCUGGCUGCUGAACGGAAAGAAUGAGGUCUUGCGUACGCAAGACGUCAUGGGGAUGAAGGGGGAAACGCUUCUCGCAGAGCUAGAUAAGCUCGCAACCUGCGACACUCCUGCGGACCGGAGAAGCACCGAGUACCUGAAGGAGAAGAAUGGUACAUAUUUGGUUGCGCCCCUGUCGGCAACAUGGCUAGACCCCUAUCUCUCCAACAAGGGAUUGGACGGAUUGAGAUUCCGCGAAGUAUGGCGCUAUCAGCAGCACUUGAAUCUUGAUGAUUUAGACUUCGCAGAGGAUGGCGUUUGGGAUACCCUGUCUAGAGUCAUUGGGAGGCGAGGUCUUGCUAUUUGGAGAGUGACGAAGAGCUGUCGCGGUAGAACCGCUGGAUAGUCUGCUACAACGUUAAUGCGUCGUGAACUUGUGAGAGUGCUCAGUGCUGUAAAGUGCUGUAACACACUCAGCCCAGCCCCACAGCGGCCCCACCCCUAGCU